ACGUGUAGUUUUAGAGGAAAGUUUCUUGUGGCUUUUAAAUCUAACUUUUUCUCGCAGUUUUCAUCUCAGAAAUACAACACAGCUUUACGGUCAUGUAGAUUGUGUAAUUUUCUAGAGAUGUAGUGCAUAGUAUUCUCUAUUUGAGUGGUGUCUUGCCAAAAAUCAGUGCUAUAAUCUUGGAGAACGUUCAUAUUUUUAUUCGUACGUUGGAUAGGCACUGUGACUGUCAGUGUCACGCUACAUGCCAGUUUUUGUGUACAUGUUGACUGUGUAGUACCAGUACAUUCAGUACAGAAGUAAACAGCUUUUUUGACAGACCCAAGUGUGUGCAUGGUGUGAAGGCUAUUAUAGGAUACAUGAGUAGAUUGGCUGGCCAUACACAACUUAAGAUGUAAGAAAGAAAGCAAGAUUGCAUUUGACAUUUGAUGUACCGGUUCCGGUAGUUCCAGUAGUCUACAGAUCAUCAAAUGUUUACUCGUACUGACUGACGUGUCGUCACUGACGUCAGUACUAUACUAUCACCGCUGUCUGUGCAGCUGUGUAAGGCCUGAGCCCUGACAAAAUUAGAAGUUGUAUUGUAAACAGUGCAAUUGGAUGAUGGGAAAGGAUCAGGAACUGCUACGAGCUGUCAGGGAUCAAGAUGUCCAUUCAGUCGAAAAGAUUCUCCACAAGAACCGGGCCAGCAAAAGCAAAACACUGAACGGGGCCCAGAAAUCAUGGCCCAAUGGAGAAAAUGGGUUCCGAGUGAGAAAUGAGAUUAUUGGCUCUGGGAAGAGGCUCAACAUUAACCAUCAGGAUAAUGAUGGGAUGGCCGCCUUGCACCAGGCAGCGUUGGUCGGAAACGUGGAGAUUCUCCAAGCUCUUCUUGAGAGCGGAGCAUCAGUCGAUGUCAAGGACAACAAGGGGAUGCGCCCCCUCCACUAUGCUGCCUGGCAAGGUAAAGAGGAACCAGUCAAGUUGCUGUUGAAGUGGGGCUCUUCAUCGACCGAAGCAGCCUAUGAAGGUGAAACACCGCUUCAUCUCGCAUGUCAGCACGGACAUCAUGAAGUGGUAAACAUACUCCUGUGCUAUCACGCUGACUCUACAAGUGUCAACAAGGACCACAAGACUCCUAUAGAUCUUGCUUGUGAAUUUGGACGAUAUAGGGUUGUUGAGCUGUUACUGAGUAGCAAUCUAUGCAGCAGUCUCCUCCAGUCCAGUCCAAAUGAUAUGUUAGAUAACAACCGCACGACUUGUUUACACUUAGCAGCAAAGAACGGUCACUCAGAUAUAUUAAGAUUAUUACUUUAUGCUGGUGUUGACAUCAACCGACAAACACUCCAGGGAACGUGUUUACAUGAAGCGGCACUCUGUGGAAAAAUAGAAGUAGUUAAAUUAUUGUUAGAUUGUGGAGUAGAUGUGAACAGGUCUAAUUCAUAUGACCAGACUGCCUUGGAUAUUGUAAAUAGAUUCACCACAUCACGUGCAGCUAAAGAACUCAAACAGUUACUCAAAGAAGCCAGUUUCGCCCAACCUGCCCAAGCAAUUCAGGAUUACUCCAAUUCGAAUGAUCCAGAUGCCAUCAGUUUCCGAGAAGGGGAUUUUAUACAGGUGCUAGACCAGCGGCCCGAUGGUGUGUGGAAGGGCUAUGUGAUGCAGGACAGUCACAAUCAGACGGGCUACUUCCCUUCUUCAGCUGUCGAUCUCUUUGACAAAUCAAUUGCCACAAACAGAGCUAUCUCAAUGAAGCCGGUUCAGACGCGCAAACCGCCACUUCCACUUUCACAGCCAGACCUGAUCAACCGCUCUCAUCUCCCACCCCCUCCGUCAGUUUCUAGUCAUUACAGCUCGGUCGGCCAUGAUGAAUCAUUCCCACCACCUCCGCCAUCUCAGCUCUGCCAUCAAAACAACCAGAACAGAAGUCCUGGUCACAGUCGACAAGAAUCAUACGAUUCGGGACAUUCUGGCCUCGUCUUUCAACCCCAGAUCCCCUACUCCUCAGGAAAGUUCAGCCCAAGCCCGAUUGAGCAGAUGGACUGGUCCAACCGAUAUGGAGAUCCCAAUGACAUGAGAUCAGCUAGUCCCAACAGGGACAGCCCAAGCAGCAGUAACCGCAACAGUGCUGCCAGCAGCGACAGUGGCAGGAGUCAUGGAUCAUCUUCCUAUGAUGGAAAGGGUAUUCCCAAUUACGUGAACAUCCAGCUGAGCCAGCAUCGGUUGUCAGGGCAGAGCUACGAAUCGGGUGUGUCCUCCCGCCAGAGCUACCACAGUACGUCGAGUUCAAGUUUGGGAAGCCUGGACCGAUUGGAGGAGAGCGGCUACUCGAGUCAAGUGAAUGUAGCAGAGCUAGUCCAGUCUGGCAUGAGUCAGGACCAUGAGAUAAUUCAUGCGUGGCUGGCCGAUCUCCGCUAUGAGGAGUACUACAAUAACUUCAUCAUCAACGGUUAUGACAUGGGAACGAUAUCUCGCAUGACUCCAGAGGACCUGACAGCUAUUGGUGUGACGAAACCAGGUCAUCGGAAAAGAUUAAAGGCUGAAAUCACACGGCUUCAUAUACCUGAUGGCUUGCCAGAUUACAAACCGAGUAAUCUAUUUGAAUGGUUACAAGCGCUGAAUCUGGUUGAAUACCAUGACACUCUCAGUCGCCAGGGGUAUGAGAACCUUGAUCUGAUCACGGAUAUCACUUGGGAAGACCUGGAGGAAAUAGGCAUUAAAAAACUAGGCCACCAGAAGAAGUUUGUACUUGCAAUUGACCGUCUGAAAAGGAUUGACAGUGGUGCCAAGCGUCAGUCUAUCUCUAUGGACCGCCGAGGAUCAAGUGAGAUACUCGACGGGCCUCAUGUUGUCCACCAUCAUGUGCCUAGCCGAUGGGCUAACGAGUUGGGAAACCACCCACAGUUUAGUCAGGAGGUGACAAUCGUUCAGCCUCGGAGAUCUCCAUCGGGAGAAAAUGUCAAUAUGAUGCCACCAGAAAUGAAGUCGUUUCAGCACCCAGAUGGGAUAGGUAGUCAGGAGUUGCUGUAUAGGAAACCUGAUGUUGUUGCGAUUAACGUUUCAAGGUCACGACUUGGUUCAACUGAUAGUGGAGGUGGUCAUAGCAACCGCAGUGAUUCGCCUGUGAUGUUUCAGUCAUUUCACGGCAUGGCAGAUUCUGAGAAGGAGGGUGAGAUGACCCCGACGAAUGAGCGGUCCUCAACCCCUGAUAAUCUUGACCGUGAUGGGUCGCUCACGAGACGUCCAGCCGCUGUUGUCAGUCCACGAAUCAGUAACAAGCCCAAGCCUGUGGCUAUGAUUGUUGCCAAGACACGUCGAGGGAGUCGGGAUGGGCCUCCUGAGAUAAUCCCCAUGGAGAAGCCAGACCCCUUAUCCAAAGACUACAUAUAUAAUGAAAAUCACGAUUCAAACUCAUUAAAAAAUAGUUACUCACCCGGUCCAGGGUCGCCCAAAUCUACUGCCCCGCCUAGUUUGCUUCUUGCUGCAAAGUGUAAAAAGGUGCCACCGCCCCCUCCCCCAAAAAGGACUAACUCGGUGUCGAGCAUAGAUAGUAAGAUUAGUGAGGAUGAAGAGUUGCAGGAGUCUCAACCUUCACUGCCAACUGUGUCUCAGGCCAGCUCUAAUCUGGACAGUAAUAACUCUGCGAGUGUAAGAAGUCUAGCUGGUAGAUUCCAACAUCAGACGAGUAUAACGGAGGAAAAUUCAAAGCCAAUGUCGCCGAAAAUCAAAGAGUUGAAAAGUGCUGCGCAGCUAGAUAAUUUUAAAAAUAAGCCGCCUCAGUCACCUGUUGUGCAUCAGCCGCCAAUUGUGCAUGAUAAACCUUAUCAUAGUGGGCCUGGGCCUGCUGUGAGACCAAAACCUAUUCUUAGUGAGACUGUGAAAACGAAAGAAAUUCUUAAAUCGCAUGAAAUCGUUAAACCUAAGGACAUAUUAAAAUCGAAAGAAUUCAUGAAGAAGGAACCACCUAAGGUUAUGGAGAAACCUCGGCGUCUUUCGAAAGAAGAUAUUGCUUCACAUAAACCUGUUAGCUCAUUCAACCCAUUACCGAUGGGGAAACCACCGAUUAUAGACAAGUCACCGGCACAGUCUGAUGGCGAGGAGGACACGCAGACAAUCCGUCGUGUCAAGGUCAAACGGAAUGAAUCCACCACGAGCAUAGACUCUAAUCUUUCUACGUGUAGUACAGACUCCAAUACUCUUCCAUUUGCUAAUGAGAAUGUGGGUACGAUAAAGCAACGCAAUGCCCAGAGUAAACCUUCGAUAGUUCCUGUCAGUAUAGAUGGCGAAGACAGUGAUGAGGACGCGUAUGAAGAAACGGCCACGAUGAAACGACGACCAGUGCCGAGACCAGUAGGAUCAGAAAAAGGUGCUGCCAAUACAGAACCCUUACCCGAGAUGCCGGUUUCUUCCAACUUUGCCAGUUUAACUGCUGAUUAUCCAGACUCCAUGGAGGAUGCAUUGUCUGGGGAGCAAGGCAAAGAAUCUGGUGAUGUCCUAAAUGAUAUAGGAAACAUGCUACAGGAUCUAACAAAUGAACUUGAUGCUAUGUUGGACUUGGAAGUCGAAGAUAGCUAGGGGAGGUCUAUCUUCUAGUGCAUUUUGAUUCAUUAGUAUAAGGAUUGUGCAUUGAGCAUUCUCCUGCCAAAAUAUGGUGAUAUAAUUAUUUAGGAUAUGUGUAGAUAUGUGGACAAUGGCAGCAGUUGGUGGCAUGUGGACCACAGCACGCUCCUCUUAGACUUUAAGGGUGCUGAUGGAUAUAAAGUUCCCAGAAAAGAUGAGGAGGAUUUGAAAAGAACGUCUUCUCAGUUAUAUGUACACUCCACCUGGGGUGUACGGAUUUAGAAGUUUGAGUCCUUAUACGAUAAACUAUAUACUUUGAUUUGAGAAAUUCUGGAGAACCCUCUUCAAUGAGAUUGAGUUGGGUGCAUCUUGGCCUCAAGUGCUUGGGAACUCUGUGAACUAUGUCGUUGUAUACUUUGCCUUGGCAGUACUGGAGAUGACGACUGACAUCCUCGAUACAGCCGUGUUGCUACAAUGAUUUUGUUGCAGUCAUGAUCCAAGAAAAAACGGAAAAUCUAACACUAUUAGUGUUUCAUCAAGUGCAUCUUGAUUAUACGUACUGGUAACACUGGGACAUUAAUCUAACACUAAUAGUGUGGUAUCAUGAGUACUUGGACAUUACUCUAACGCUAAUAGUGUGGUAUCAUGAGUACUUGGACAUUACUCUAACACUAAUAGUGUGCAUAUAUGCACUUGGACAUAAAUCUAACACUUAUAGUGUGGUAUCAUGAGUACUUGGACAUUAAUCUAACACUAACAGUGUGGUAUCAUGAGUACCUGGAUAUUAAGCGAACACUAAUAGUGUUGUUGGAGGAGUGCUAAGUCGCAAACAAGGCCUUAUUAUUGUUGUUGUUACUCUGGAUAGAAAUAACGAAGACAAACCUUUUACUGUAAACUGCCAAAUAUUUGUUCCUCAUUAUUUUUGUGAUUCACGAGAAAAAAAGUUUAAAAAGCGUUUGAACAAUUUUUAUUUUGGCAAUUGUGAUUGAUAUUUCCUGUCAAAUUUUUUUCCCUGGGUCUUUAUUUUCAAGGAUCUCAGUUAUUCGCAAAAUAAAACGCCUACGAAAGAUUGGUAGUUUACAGUAUUUGUUUGGAUGUACGUGUAAAACACAGUUCAUUUUGAUGAUUGGCAGUGAUUUAUACAAAGCUGUACAUGAAGAACAUUGUUACAUUGAAACCUAGGUGCCUUUCUCAGGAAUUAUAAACACUGUUUGAGUGGUAACAAAUAGUUUGAUAACUUGGAAAUCAAAAAUGUGAAGAGACUUAGGUGUGGUGUUUUGAAAGUGUAAAUUUAGUUCACACCUUUAAAACACCAUGUACAUGUAUGACGUAUGUAUUCAGUUACACAAUCAGGUUAGCCUCAUAUCAAUUUAAAACGUAUUUUGGGAAAUAUUAUACUAUAUUUGUUGUAUAUGAAUUCUCAUGUUGAGCUCUACAAUAUGAAUGCCUUUUAACAGUAGUCAAACAUGCAUAGAAUAUAGCCACAACCAUAUGGGCCAAAAUAUGUGUCUCGUCAGAAAAAAAGUUGUGGGGGCCUUUUUUUUCAUUGUGUCAUCUGUGCUGUUAUUUCUGAAAGUACUGGGGCCUAAUUCUCUGUGGUAAUCAUGCUAUUAGUUAUUCUAAAUGUCCUUUUAAAAACAACUCAUUGUUCCGGAGGAAAUGGAGAUCAUCUUACCGUGGGAAGUCGGCCACUGGGUUCAAGAAAACAAAAAAAGAAGAUAUAUUUCAUUGAAAUAGUUAAUAUAAAACAGUAAAGUUCUAUGUGGUGGUCACAUUCAUCCAGUAUACGUUCAGUGACAUCCUGAAGUGAGGAAUCCCAUAUUUUUUCCUCAUAAAAAAUGUGCCUCAAGUCCAUUGGUAAAUGGUAUGUCCGCAUCGUUUGCGGCUCUGGAGGACUAACUACUGGUUGGAUUACUUUGAAGUUUGAUUUUUAUUGAACCUUGCCUAAAAAUCAAACAGGAUUUUAGGGGUUCAGCAUUCUCGAUGAAGAAAUUUAAAAAAAUCUUCAGCGAUGUCCGAUGGUAAUUUUGAUGGUCCCCUGGAUAAGCCAUAUUUUGUUUCUGGAUAUUUCUUAUUCAUUCUUGGCGCAUGAGUAGAUUGAAACAAAAAAAUAUAAACCAAAACAUUUCAUCCGGAUUGGGCGAGAAGUAAACUGUACAGAGCAGAAAAUGUCCGAAUUCAAUGCAUUGCAUCAAUGUACACUAAUGCAUACCAACAAAUUUAUUUCAUUACCAUGGUUACUAAAAUCAAAUAAUCCUGUUUAGUUUUGAGGUGAAGACCAAUUAAAACCAAACUUCAAAGAAAUCCAACCAGUAUUUCGCCCUCUAGAGCCCAGAACGAUGCGGAUAUAACAUUUACGAAUGGACUAUAGAUAUGCUACCCCAGCAGCCUGUCGGCCCCAGGUGUAGCCUAUCGGCUUUCUGGUGUCCCCUGGUUCAGCAUGUCGCCGCAACAACCUGCUUACAGUAGUUGGAAAGCCCCUGCCGCUUGUUGUGCUCCCCUGGCCACAUGAUUUCCCGUAGCUUUGGGGUAAUUUGGCAUUUCUGUAUCAAUAUAUUAGCUCUGGAUCGAAAGAAUUAGGUUCUAUUAUUUUGGAUGGGUUUUAUCAGUCAAACAAUCAGAGAAAAUGUCGAGGUAUAUUUCUUUAGACUAAAAAGAAAAAUUCGAACAUUUGCAGCGCCUUUCAUGUAAAUAGAAUGUAGUUGUUAUGCCUUGUUGAAAGAGAAAUAAUGAGGUAUUUUAUAUGCAUGCUUGUUUUCUCAUUUAGAAGUGUCUUUUAUUAGAAAAAGGUAAUUUUUGCCAAAUACCCAGGAGUCCAUUUUACGAGCAGCCAUGGUAGUUAUAAUUUCACGCUGUAUCAGUCAAUAAGAACAACUUUCGUCUGCAGAAUGACAUUUAUAACGAGUUAAAUCAGAUCCUUAAAAAAAUUAUUAAUAUGGUUUCCUUUUCAUAAUUAUGAUAGUAAUAAUUUGAAGAGGACAGGAAAAGAAAUGUGUGAAGGAGGUCCUGUUAGUUUCAAGCAAAUUUGAUCCCCUAUGAUUAAAAUUUGACUGUGAUGUUUUGUAAAAUGGAAGAUUCAAAGUAUAGGAGGUUUCUCAACUUUAUCCAUGUCUAUUUUUGUUAGAAUCUGAAUGAGAAAUGAUUUAAGUUGCUUUAUGUUAAUGCAUGCAAUUAUGUAAAAAUGGUUGUGUCAACGGACAUGCCAGAUUGUGUAUUUUGUUCAAUUUAUUUAUACACUUUAAAGUGAUGUUGUUAAUUUUAUGUUGGGUUGUUAAGAUCUUGAAGAGAGAUUUGACGUGGAUUAAUGAUGUUGCAGAGUGAGCAAAAGCUCAGUGUAAGGCAUUUUGUGUGGGACUUAUGCAGAGUGUCAUUGACCGACUCGGGUUCACUGUGGAAAAUGAACGAAUUUCAUCAUCAGUAUUGGGUUUUCUAGGCAACCCUGCAGCCUGGCAAAUUAGGCCUGAAAUAUAUUAAAAAUGGUAAUUUCCCUGGUGAUGACUAACAUAUGAUUACAUACAGUUUCAAUAAUUUUCUAGCACUGGAAUAAUAGACAACUUUGUAAACUAACUGAUUCUGCAACACUAUGCGUAUCUGUUUCAUCAACCAGAGUUUCUUUUGGGAAGAAUCAAAUUUUGGUGUUAUUAUUCAGAGAGAGAAUAUAUACACUUUUCACUAGGCAUCCAUUCAAACCAUUCAUGAAAUAUGCUGGUUGACAAAAAGCCCAGAAUUCUGAGAAUUGUCGAUUAACAGUAGUUUAGGUGGUACCACUGGUCUCAUAAUUGCUGGUUCUCUUCAGCCUUGGUUUGCCAGCCCUCUGGCCAACGUACCAUGAAGUAAAAUGUAAGUUAUCCAUGUUUAUUUUUUUGCAUCAAGCAUUCUUCUUGAAACCAGUUAAACAGGGAAGAUUGUCAGGUUAAGAGUAAUAAAAAUUUGUGUUUUUUAUGCAAGGUGCCUAAUAAUGAGUCUCUUCUCCCUAAAUUAUCGAGAAAUAUUUAAUUUCGUCUCAUUUUCGUAUUUUGGUUGCCAUUAAGUUUGCUUUCAAGUGAUGCAUACAAAAUAUACCUCACUUGACUAAUCUUUGCUGUUGUUCAUACUUCAUAUUGGUUGUGCCAUUGUGGUUUCGGUGGUGCCAGCUGGAUGCCUCAUGGCAAAACUCACUUCAUCCUCAUAGCCAGGAGUUUGAAUGUGCGCUAUGUAUAUCAAACUAGUCGUUUGAAAUGUUUUAACGACAUUCUGUAAUUCUCUACAUUUUUGGGCCAUUUUAAUUUGGAUUUUAUGUGAUUUUCAAAGAUUUUUGAAAAUGUAUUUUGCAAAACUGCGAAAAUAAAACAUAAAUUCAUAGGUCUGUUGUAUCUUCUUGCAGUUGUGUGUCUCCACUAAGUGUACACUGAUCUCGUGUAGGUUUUAUCUUUUGAGUAUUCCAAGAGUGGCUUUCCAAUUAAUUUUAACUCUGUAAAGCAAAACUGGCUCUUGAUGAAUUUCUCACAACGAGUUGUGUAUAGUUGUGCAUGGUGAUAAUACAUGUCCAAAAUAAAUUGAUGGUCCAAAAUAAAUUGAUGGACUGGGUUUUCAAAAGUGAAGAAAAAAAGUAAUUUUGAACCAACACGUUUCUCAGUAUUUACCAUUGUACUAAUAAGUAUGUCUACUGACGGUGCUAUAUUAGUAAUGAUGACUCCAGAAGAUCAAUAGACACCUUAUAGGACAUUUCGAUAGAGCUCUGUUAGGUUUGCUUGACAGUAUUAACCUACAUACUAAGGAAAGUUGUAGCGUUAUAAGUAGUACGUCCACUACAUGGAAAACGCCGGCGUUUUUAAACCCCGGGGAUACUCUGAACCAGAAAAAGCCCGGAGAAGACACGGCGAGGACUUACACUACAUACAAAGUAGUUACUAAACACGGCGACAGAUAGCAUGGUUUUUCUGCACUGUUACCUUACCAACACCGGCGUUUUAUGUAGUGGACGCGACACUAUUGUUUCUUUCUUAAAUACCUCUUGGUAUUGAAUUUGGUUCAUUAUUGUAAAGUAGAUUUAUGUGCAGAUUCUUACCAUUUGGUCAGUGAAUAUGAUUUCACUGGGACUUUAGAUUGAAUUUUCAUUGAAGAUGUGCAUUAGGUAUAUCUUCAACAAGAUUUGAUCAACAUUUGCAUCUACCCGAGAUGAUUCGUGUAUCGGUGCCAGCAAUUGCUGUUUUCAAAUGCGGGUUGCAGUAAUACUGAUAGCAUUUUGGCAUGUUUGCUUCAAAUUCUUUGCUUCCGGUAUUUAAAUUCUAGCUCCUUGUGUCCUUGUGUAGAGACACAGCAAAGUGCUUUAUAAGGAAACAGAGGGUCUGCACACCCAGUUUCCAAACAUGAUGCCUUAUUUAAUUACUACUUGUAACAUAUAGUACUCGACUAAUAAAUUUGGGUACCUAUUUGAAUAA